AUGGAGUUUGAGCAGCUGGAGAUUGGAAAGAAAUGUCUGACGACGGCUAUUUCCCGACAGGAUGUGGGUGACUAUUACGAUCUCCUCCACCCAAAUGUAUUGCUGGUCUCUCACUUUAAAUAUCCACCCCCACCGCCCGUAGUUGCAGAUACAAUUCCACUCCUCGCACGGGCCUUACGACAUACGGAGAAUACAGAAAAGAAUUCAUCCAAAACACACAAAACGAAGAGUAGAAGUAAAACAAAAAGUCGAACCACUUCACCAACGCGUCCAUUAGCAGCCACAACGGCAAGUACGGCAACAACAAUGAACACAAAUACCACCCGAACAGGUGCAGUAACGGCAACGGGUAUAAGUAUGAGAGGACAGGAAAGAGGAGGAGGACGAGGAAAGACAACAACAACAACAACACAACAAAAACAGCAGCAGGAGUCUAAUGAAGAGGAAAAGGGGGAAUCCUGUGAAGUGGAUAUUGUGGAAGGUCCACUCUUAACAACCGAGCGAUUUUACGCUAUUCUACAUUGGAUGAAUAAAGGAAAGUUUAUUGCCGAGAGCAGUGUGGAGAUGGAAGCACGAAAAGUCAUUCUGCAGGAUUCCGAAGUAUUACCCCCACCACCAGCUCCAAAGAAUGAGGCUGAGCGGAUUGCACAACUCGGUCGUCAAUACACAGAUCGCAAUCAACGUCUCUCUCGACUUAUUGUCACCUUUGGCCGUGAGUUAUUACUAUUCCGUGAUGAAUGUUACUUUGAGGAUGGUCUUAUUGUUACCAUUCAUCGAUUUAUGCUCACCACACAGGAGAUGCUCGCUCUGGUGGGUCUUGUUGGAUAUGAUCAACAACCGCAAACACAAAAGCGAGUGGCGAGUAUGUUAGAAGAAAGACGCCGCUUUUACAACACGGAACGUGCAAAUCGCGUAGAUGCGACUGCUGAACACGCAACACUGCCGGUGUUAGAUUACACCUUCUGUGCAGUUGCGGAACCAUUGCAGUUGUUAGUACAAAACCCCACCGCGGGUCGUGCCCACGUCUCUCGCAUUCCACAGCCAUUGGUAGAUCCACACAUUGCACAGGGUGUGUUUCUCAAUCAACAAAGUGAUCCCACACGUGUACAGAAGGACCAACGUGUGAUUGUAAAGGCACGGAAUAAACAAGGAGAAGAAGAGGUGUAUGAGUUUGUAGAGAGCUCCAAGUCAAGAUAUGGAUUUCUCCAUGAUAGAAGUGGAAAUACAGAGAAUGCCUUGGAGACACUUGCGAGUAAAUUGGAAACUACAUACGCCACCACAAGUGUGCGACUCACCGGUUGUGGAAUGACAUCAACGGAGAAACUCGUCCCUGUACUGCGAAGACUUGUGGUAAAUGCGAUUAUGACAAUUCGAGCUUUGGAUCUCAGUAAUAAUAAUAUCACCACCCUUCCAGAUCUCUCUCUCCUCCCACUUCAACGACUGCAAUUACAUCAGAAUCGUAUUGCCGAUUGGGCACAGAUUGAGAAUCGUGUGUGUCCACUCCCCAUACUCUACGCGGUGACUCUUCACGGUAAUCCCAUUGCCGAGAAUGAUCCACACUACUGGCAGUCCGCACUCGCACGAUUGAUGCGAAACCCACGACGUGCAGUUCCACUCCGACAACUCGACUUUGUGACUCUCACUGGACAGGAUUACGGAAUGGCCGGUGCGUAUGAACUCUUUGAAACGGGAGAUCCCAAACUGCUGGAGGCCUCACGGGGAAAACAUCCUGGAACGAAUGGAAGAGUCUUUUGA